AAUAAGAUUCAAAUUUCAUUGUUUUAAAUAAAUAAGUAAUAGUAGGUCAUGAACUGAAAAAUAAAAAUGAUUUGGCUAUCGAUCAAAGUAACCGCAGUGUCCUGUUAUGAUCAAAAAAUAGUCAAAACAAAAUCGUAUGUGUGUGUGUGCGUGUCCAUAAAAUGUCAUCAUUAAUUAAAAUGUAGUUAUAACACAUAUACAUAUCCGUUUAUAUCCGUUAGCUUUCACUUUAUUAUAUACUUUAUAAACAAUAAAAAUAAACAAGUAAAAUUAUCUAUAAUGUUAUCUUUUUUAAAUGUUUGCGAUUGCGCGUAAAUAAUCUAAUCUGCUGGGUUAUAUAACACGUUAGAAUGGAGUAACACAUGUCAGUCACUGCGUAAUCUUACUUGGAACAACUUAUUGUUAAUUCUACACACGUACAAUAUCAAGAAUGGAUAGACCACGCGUAUUUGUUACAAGAAGCGAUGCACCUGAUUCUGCAAUCGAACUUUUGAGAACUAAAUGUGACGUUACGAUUCUUCAAGGUGAUACAAGUACAAGUGAAGAAGUUCUACAAGCUCUUCCUGGACAUGAUGCUGUUUUGAUCGUCGGCCACCUAAACGUAAAUUCCGAAUUUUUGAAUACCGCAGGACCAAAUUUAAAAGUUGUUUCUACUCUUUCGGCUGGUUAUGAUCAUUUGGACGUUCCAGAGAUUAAACGACGUGGUAUCAAGGUCGGUCAUACACCUAAUGUUUUGUCUGCUGCAGUUGCAGAAAUAGCUAUUCUUUUAACUUUAUCUGCUGCUCGACGAAGUCAUGAAGGACGUUUAAAAAUAGACGAAGGAAAAGUGCUUAAAAGUUAUAAUUGGUUACUUGGACAGGAAUUACGUAACUCCACUGUUGGAAUAGUUGGAUUAGGAAAUAUUGGCCAAGCUAUACUUAAGCGUUUACUAUCAUUUGAAGUAAAUACUUUUCUUUACACUGGUCAUUCAGAAAAAAAAGCUGGAAAGGAUUUAGGUGCCAAGUUUGUAUCUUUAGACGAACUUCUAGCACAAAGUGAUUUCGUUAUUGCUGUUACUCCGUUGACUAAUGAAACCCGAGGCUUAUUUAAUGACACUACUUUUGGUAAAAUGAAGAGAACUGCUGUCUUCGUUAAUGUAGGACGUGGACAAGUUGUAGACACGGAUGCUUUGGUAAGAGCUUUGAAAAAUCAUACGAUUUUUGCUGCUGGUUUAGAUGUUACCGAUCCUGAACCAUUGCCGGUAGAUCACGAAUUACUUAAACUUCCCAAUAUUGUACUUCUACCACACUUAGGUAGUGCCACUGUAAAAACUCGCAAUGAUAUGGGUAUAGUCGCUGCUCAAAAUAUUCUCAAUGGAUUAUCUGGCAAACCUUUGGUUUACGAAUUAUAAGUAU